AUGGAAGAGGGUGACGCGUCAGCUGUGGUUCGCGUGUUUUGUGGUACGGUGGUGCAUGCACUCGCCCUUGACAAGCUCAGCGUAGUGCCGCGCGCCUGGCUUGGCGUAGACGCUGCGGGCCGCAUCGCCUUCCUCCACUCGCCCCAGCAAGACGGCGAAGCAGACCGCCCCACCCUCAUCCACAAAUACGGCCUGAGCGAUGCUGUCGAGUUCGUGGAGCUGCCCCGGCGAGGUUUCCUGGUGCCGGGCAUGGUGGACACGCACUACCACGCGCCGCAGUUCGUGAACGCCGGCAACGGGCUCGACAUGCCGCUGCUCGAGUGGCUCGAGACCUACACCUUCCCCGCCGAGACCCGCUUCAAGGACGUCGACUAUGCCGCACGAGUGUAUCCGGCGGUGGUGCGGCGUGGGCUGCAACUGGGCACCACAACCGUGGCCUACUACGGAACCAUCCAUGCUCCUGCCACCAAACUGCUCGCCGAGACGGCGGCCAGGUACGGGCAGCGGGCGUUCGUGGGCAAGGUGUGCAUGGACCGCAACUCGCCGGCGCACUACGUCGAGACCACGGCCGACUCGCUGCGCGACACGGCGCACUUUUGCGAGGAGGUGCUGGCCAUGGGCGACCCGCUCAUCACCCCCAUCCUCACCCCCAGGUUUGCGCCGUCGUGCACGAUGGAGUUGAUGAAGGGACUGGGCGAGAUCGCGCGGAAGCACGACCUCCCCAUCCAGACCCACGUCUCCGAGAGCAAGCCCGACACCGAUUGGGUGCUCGAGCUGCACCCGGACCAGCCGACCUAUACCCACGUCUACCAGGAAGCCGGGCUGCUCACCAACAAGACCAUCCUUCUGUCGGAGGCUGAGGAGGACCUGCUGGUGAACCACGGGGCCGGCGUGGCCCACUGCCCGAGCUCCAACUUCUACGUGCUGAGCGGCGUCUGCGCCGUGCGGCGCCUCCUCAACAAGGGCAUCAAAGUCGGCCUCGGCUCCGACAUCUCCGGCGGGCCGUGCCCCAACUUGCUCGAUGCGUUCCGGCUGGCGAUCAUCGCCUCCAAGAUCGUGCACGCCAAGCGGCCGGAGCUUGCGCCGUUGAGCGUGGCGGAGGCGUUUUAUCUGCUCACACUGGGCGGCGCGCAAGUGCUCAGCAUCGACCACAAGGUGGGCAACUUUGCCGUGGGCAAGGAGCUGGACGCGCUCGUGGUGGCCCCGUUCUGUCCCGGUUCGCCCAUCGAUGAGUUUGACGCUGACAGCGACAACGGCGACGAUGACGAGGCGGCCAUCAGGCGCACGCUGGAGAAGUGGCUCUUCCUGGGCGAUGACCGCAACCUGGCCCAGGUCUACGUGCGCGGCCGCCCCUUGGCGAAGGCGGACCACGGCACGGUGGCGACCCGAGGGCAGUGCCUGAUGGGGCUGAAGCUGAGCUUCCAGUUGGCCGCGCUCUCGUACCACUGCUGGACCCGACUCGUGCCUGGCGUGCCUUCGGUGUCGUAG